AAGCAGGUUCACUUUAGAUUUGGUUGCGAUAGUUAAAUUAGUUCUAAAAAAUUUACUCAUCGAGUGCGAUCGUACGUGAAUUUCGCAUUAAACAAAUCAAUAAUUAUGUUAGAAGCACUCGGUGACUUGCUUAAUCCAUACAGCGAAACUAUUGGUGCCGUUGCUGGUAUAGUUACUUGCUUACAGGCAUUCUCUGGAGCAUUUCUUCUGAAUGAUAUUAGAAAAAGAGGUAUUGCCGAUGGAUUCUCAGCAGCUCCCUUUUUGGGAGGUAUCGUCAUAUCUCUUCUUGGGUAUAAACUCUCUGCUAUUGUUAACGACAUUGCAAUGAUCAGAACAAACCUUAUUGGUGUAGCCAUCAAUGCUGUCUACUUGCUAUGUUUUUAUAUUUAUUCUUCUGAAAAAUUCCGACCAGUGAUACGGAAGCAAUUUGUGUAUGCAAGUGUUUUUUCAGCAUUUUGCAUUGCAUACGCAAGUAUAGAAGAUCCCAAACAUAUUGAAUUCCGCUUUGGUACAUUACUCACAACUUUGUUGGCCUGCUUAGUUGGUUCACCAAUGUUAGGAGUAGGAGAAAUUAUCAGGAAAAAGAGUGCAGCAAAUCUACCAUUUCCAAUAAUUCUAUGUGGAACAAUGGUUGCAUCCUUAUGGUUAACUUAUGGAAUAUCUUUGAAAAAUCAAGUUUUGAUUUACCAAAAUGCAUUUUUGUUGGUCUUAAGUGCACCUCAAUUAUUACUUUGUUUCAUAUAUCCAGGACCACCUAUCCAAGAUAACGAACAAGAAAAAUUACUAAAGAAAAAAAAAUAAUGAAAAAAAUUGUUUUUUCUAAUAUUCGUUUUCAUCUUUCUUUGAAUUUCUUUACGCACAAAAGCUCUUCCACUAGUAUAACCAGAUUAUUCCAAACUCUCAAGUUAGCUUAAGACGCUACAGCAUGUGUUGACAAUAAAAAAAAAUAAAAGCCUUCAUGCAAAAAUCUUCCAAGUUAUUAAAAUUAUAAUAAAAUAUUUGUGAUACAAAAAAAAUAAUACAUUUUCUAAAAGCGCCUAGUAAUAUUGUUAAAAAAUUAAAUGUUUAAAUUACAGUGAUAUGUAUAUUUUUUCCAUUUUAAUUGUUAUAAAUAAAUAAAUAUAUUUAAUAUACAAAA